AAAUGAUGAUUGAGAAAAUACUUUGAUCUUGAUAACAGGUUAAAGAAUGUUUUCUGAACAACAAUUUUUCGUUCAAUGUUCAACGUCGAAAUGUCACAGUGAUGACAUUUCAGCAAAGAUGUGCGCUGUGCUUUACUACCAAAAAUAGAACUCCUGCUUAAAAGUCUAACUUGGGUAUUUCAUGAAUCUUUAAAUCUUUCCUGUUUUCACGCCUGGUUCCUGUAAAUAAUCAGCCAACAAUUUUAAAGUGUGUGACAAGUUUGAUAGUUUUAAAAGGCAAAUAAUGUGGGAGAAGCACCUUUAACGGGUACGUGUCCGUGACAAGUGAGUAUGUUUUGUAUAAACUGGCGAAAAUACGGCAAUAUUAUUGAGGACACAUAAGUUAAUUUGUGGGUGCAAGGACUGAUUUUGAAAAUUCCAUGCGAUUUAUGUUCACAAAACGACUGCGCGCUGUGUUAUUUUGUCAAUAUUGGCGAAAAGAAAACACAAUGAAGCGAAUUUGCAGGAGCCGAGAGACGCGGUGCCGGGAUGGCUGAGUCUAUACGGUCCUCAUGUGACAUUUAAGUCCAGCCCCCUGACGUAUGAGCUGCUAAAACGAAACAUUUUCUUUGACUGUUCGUGUGAGAGAAAGAAAUCUUCGGCAAAGGAAUGGCAGAAGUUGCUCCAGCUCCAGCCGCAGCCGCCCCGGCUAAGGCUCCCAAGAAGAAAGCAGCAAGCAAGCCUAGGAAAGCGGGGCCCAGCGUUGGGGACUUGAUCGUGAAGGCAGUUUCUGCUUCUAAGGAGAGACACGGAGUUUCACUGGCUGCCUUGAAGAAGGCUCUGGUUGCCGGUGGUUACGACGUAGAGAAGAACAAUUCUCGUGUAAAGAUUGCAGUCAGGAGCCUGGUGACCAAGGGUACCUUGCUUCAGACUAAAGGAACGGGUGCCUCUGGUUCGUUUAAGCUGAACAAAAAUCAGCCUGCUGUGAAGAAGCCCGCCAAGAAAGCAGCUCCUAAAGCUAAGAAGCCAGCGGCGGCCAAAAAGGCAGUAGCGAAGAAGCCUGUAGCCAAAAAGUCGCCCAAGAAGAAGCCUGCUACAGUGAAGGCUAAGAAGAGCCCAAAGAAGGCCAAGAAGCCGACAGCAGCGGCUAAGAAGCCGAAGCCGGCCAAGAGUCCGAAGAAAACUAAGAAGCCGGCUGCAAAGAAGGCGACUAAGAGUCCUAAGAAAGCAAAAGCGACCAAGCCGAAAGUUGCCAAGCCCAAGAGCGUCAAAGCAAAGAAGGCGGCUCCUAAGAAGAAGUGAGCGCGUACACUGUACUGUUCACUAGCAUCAAAGGCUCUUUUAAGAGCCACC